UCCCCCCCCCGGCUCUGACUGACGGACGGGGCGGGGUGACAGCGCUGGGCGGUACAGACGCGGCCGGGGCCCAGUCACAAGCCGGCCUGGAUCCGGCUGCGCAGACCCGGAGGCUGUGAAACCGAAAGAGGAAGCGAUGCGCGGCGUCCAAAUCGGGACAGAUCGGGGCCUCCGUGACCGGCAGCCCACAUCCAAACCCGACGGCAAUGCUCCACAAAAUCGUCCCCCUCUUCCUGUUCACCGCUCUGGGGUGCCGGGGUGACCCCGGGGAGCUCCCUGAGAGGUCGGUGACCGACGUGGUGGUGGACUGUUGGUUCUUGGAAGAGGCCAAAUCUCGGUCGGCGGGUCUCGGGGUCGCAUUUUCCCGGUCCAAGGCUCUGCUGGUCCUACGUAACGUCAGCAUCUCCUCCGAGUCCAGCCCAGACCCCUGGAGCAGCUUCCAAAUUCCCGAGGGGGAUGACGAAUUGAUCGUCAUCGAGGUCGACACUUCCGGCCUGUCGAUCCCGGAGGGAGACACCUGGCUGCACGCCGACUGCGCCGGGGAGCAGAUCGAGUGCGAGGUCGGGGCCCUGCCGGAGGACGGUGACGGGGAACCGGGGGCCGACCGCAGGUACCUGGCCAGCCUGCAGCUCCCCAGCUCCAACCUGGGCAUGACGCUGAUGCUGGUGGGCCGGGGUGAGGCCGCCAGGGUGGUUCCAACUGCAGCCGAGUUCCUCGUCUACACUCGGACAUCGAGGAUCAGGACCCGCCUGGGCAGCCCCGUGCUGGUUCACUGCGCCCAGGAGGGGGUCGGGGGCCCUCAGCUCUCGGCGGAGUGGCGGAGGCAACACCAGGGCUCGGGCCGCCAGCUGUACAGCCUCUCGGGCGGGGAAGGCCGGCUGGAGGGCGAGGGGGCCUCCGUGGACACGGACCGGGCCCGGGCCGAGGGCCUGCUCUCCCUGCGACUCGACAGGGUGGGGGUCGCUGAGGAGGGCACCUACAUCUGCGCUGUGAUGGGAGAGCACGGGCAGGCCCAGCAGACCAGCCUGAUCGAGGUCAUGGAGCCGCCUCGGGUCCGCGUCUUCACGCAGACGUUCGGCGCGGGCCCCCGCCCCCGGCUGCUGCUGGUCUGCGAGGCCUCGGGCUUCUUCCCGCUGGCCGUCGACAUCGCCUGGCUGGUCCCCGCCCCCGAGGACGAUUCGGACCCCGUCCCCCUCGCCCCGCUCGUCUUUGGCAGCCACCGCCACAACCGCGACGGCACUUUCAACCUCUCGGCCGAGGUGGCCCUGGAGGGCUGGCCGGAGGAGGAGGAGGGCGGGGGCGGGCCCGGCCCCCUCUACACCUGCCAGGUGACCCACCCGGCGCUGGACGCCCCCCUCGCCGUCAACCUCCGGCCGCAGCCCCCCGACGACCAGGCAGCCCGUUACCUGCACGUCGUUUACCAGGGGGCGUUGUUGUCCGUGUUGCUGCUGGUGGCUGUGAUGUACCUCUGUCGAGGGAACAGGACCCCGACUGAAAUGCCCAGCGUCCCAGGACCAGACAAGACAACACAAGACUAAAGGCGAUGGAAGGGCCUGCGCGGGACGGAGCGCGUCGAUGGCGCUCGCCGUUCGAGGACGCGAGGGAGUGACG